AUGUUAACCGUGUCGAGAUCUCAGAAUGAAAAUGCACAACAGGCUAUUCAAAUUCACAGACAAAUAGACGUUUGUAUCAGAGGUGGGCGAUGGACGAGGAUCCUCGCGAGAUCCCACGAUUCCUCACGGGGCGGCUCCCGCGAGGAGGAUUUUUUGAAACUUGACGAGGCACGGGCCGUGAAGAAUGAAGAAACGAAUCCGUUUGAUAUUAUACAAGGCUUUGUAUCAUGUGAAACAUGGGAAAAUUUUAUUGACGAUGGACGAGGCGGCGACGGAACAUAA